UGGAUAACAAGACAUAUCUUAUUCGGCUUCAAAAACCUGAUUUUAAAGCUACACUGUUACUUGAAUCUGGUAUACGUAUUCACACAACAGAAUUUGAGUGGCCUAAGAACAUGAUGCCAUCUAGUUUUGCCAUGAAGUGCCGGAAACAUUUGAAGAGUCGGAGAUUGGUCAGUGCAAAGCAGCUUGGUGUGGAUAGAAUUGUGGAUUUCCAGUUUGGAAGUGACGAGGCUGCUUAUCACUUAAUCAUUGAGCUCUACGAUAGGGGGAACAUUGUUCUUACAGAUUAUGAGUACCUAAUUUUAAAUAUCCUAAGGUUUCGAACUGAUGAAGCAGAUGAUGUUAAGUUUGCUGUUCGUGAACGCUAUCCCAUAGAUCAUGCCAGAGCUGCUGAGCCUUUGAUGACUUUGGAAAGGUUGACUGAGGUAAUAGCAGGUGCUCCUAAGGGUGAGCUGCUGAAGAGAGUUCUUAACCCAUUACUUCCCUAUGGGCCAGCUCUUAUUGAGCACUGUCUUAUAGAAAAUGGAUUCUCUGGCAAUGUUAAAGUGGAUGAAAAGCUUGAAAGCAAAGAUAUUGAAAAGAUACUGGUUUGUGUGCAGAGUGCAGAAGACUAUUUGAAAAAAACAUCCAACUUCAAUGGGAAGGGCUAUAUAAUUCAGAAAAGAGAGGUAAAACCAAGCCUGGAUGCAAAUAAACCAGCUGAAGACAUACUCACGUAUGAGGAAUUUCAUCCUUUCUUGUUUUCUCAACAUUUACAAUGUCCAUAUAUAGAAUUUGAAUCAUUUGACAAGGCUGUGGAUGAAUUUUAUUCCAAGAUAGAAGGUCAGAAAAUUGACUUAAAAGCUUUACAACAGGAAAAACAAGCACUGAAGAAAUUAGAUAAUGUCCGAAAGGAUCAUGAAAACAGAUUAGAAGCUCUUCAGCAGGCUCAGGAAAUUGACAAACUGAAAGGGGAGCUCAUAGAGAUGAACCUGCAGAUAGUUGACAGAGCCAUUCAGGUAGUCCGAAGUGCAUUAGCCAACCAGAUAGAUUGGACAGAAAUUGGAGUGAUUGUGAAAGAAGCACAAGCUCAAGGAGACCCUGUUGCUAGUGCAAUCAAAGAACUAAAGCUGCAAACAAACCAUGUUACGAUGCUACUACGAAAUCCAUACUUGUUAUCAGAGGAGGAAGAUGGUGAUGGUGAUACCAGCAUUGAGAACACUGAUGCUGAAGCACCAAAAGGGAAAAAAAAAAAGCAAAAGAACAAGCAGCUGCAGAAGCCUCAGAAGAACAAGCCGCUGCUUGUCGAUGUGGACCUCAGCCUGUCAGCCUAUGCCAAUGCCAAAAAAUAUUAUGACCAUAAGAGAUAUGCUGCUAAAAAAACACAGAGGACUGUUGAAGCUGCUGAGAAGGCAUUCAAAUCAGCAGAAAAGAAAACAAAGCAAACCUUAAAAGAAGUGCAAACAGUUACUUCUAUCCAAAAAGCAAGAAAAGUGUAUUGGUUUGAGAAAUUUCUGUGGUUCAUUAGUUCAGAGAACUAUCUAAUUAUAGGUGGUCGGGAUCAGCAGCAGAAUGAGAUCAUUGUGAAAAGAUACUUAACACCAGGAGACAUUUAUGUACAUGCUGAUCUUCAUGGAGCUACCAGCUGUGUAAUUAAGAAUCCAACAGGAGAACCCAUCCCUCCACGGACUUUGACAGAAGCAGGCACAAUGGCACUUUGCUACAGUGCUGCUUGGGAUGCACGUGUUAUCACUAGUGCUUGGUGGGUGUACCAUCAUCAGGUGUCUAAAACAGCACCAACAGGAGAAUAUUUAACAACAGGAAGCUUCAUGAUAAGAGGAAAAAAGAAUUUCCUUCCUCCUUCAUACCUAAUGAUGGGGUUUAGCUUCCUUUUUAAGGUAGAUGAGUCUUGUGUCUGGAGACAUCGAGGUGAACGAAAAGUCAGAGUGCAGGAUGAAGACAUGGAGACACUGACAAGCUGCACAAGUGAACUCAUGUCAGAAGAAAUGGAACAACUAGAAGGGGGCGACAGCAGUGAAGAAGAGACUGAGGAAUUACAUGGGACGCCUGGAGAGGUAGAACUCAUGACUCAGGUUGAUCAAGAGGACAUUGCUAUUCACGGUGGGAGAGAUGAACUAAGCUCUGAGGAUGAAGAAGCCAAAGCAGUUACAAAAGAUCAAGAGCCCAUUGGUGAAAUGAAGGUAGAGGAAGAAGAUAACUUUGAAUAUCCUGAUACUACCAUUGACUUGUCCCAUCUUCAGUCCCAAAGGCCUCUACAGAAACUGGCUCCAAGAGAAGAAUCUUUGAAUUCAAAUGACAGUAAAUCACAGAGCCGAAGACAUUUGUCAGCCAAGGAGAGAAGAGAAAUGAAAAAGAAAAAGCUCCCAUGUGAUUCAGGGGAUUUAGAAGUGAUAGAAGAAAAGGACAAAGAAAGAGAAAGUGCUGUGCACACUGAAGCUUACCAGAACACAAGCAAAAAUCUGGCAGCUGGACAGCCAAUGAAGAGAGGACAGAAGAGUAAAAUGAAAAAAAUGAAGGAAAAAUACAAAGACCAGGAUGAUGAAGAUCGUGAACUUAUUAUGAAAUUGUUGGCAUCUGCAGGUUCGAACAAAGAAGAUAAGGGGAAGAAAGGAAAGAAAGGAAAAACAAAAGAUGAACCUGUGAAGAAAGUCCCACAGAAACCCAGAGCUGGACAGCGGGUUUUAGAUGUUGUUAAAGAAACUCCAUCCCUUCAGGUUUUAUCUCAUGACUUACAAGACUUAGCUGUAGAUGAUCCACAUGAUGACAAGGAAGAACACGAUCUGGAUCAGCAGGGAAAUGAGGUAGGAUUUGAAUACAAAGUGAAACUUACGCCUGGAGUUCAGAAAAAAGGAAAAGCUGCAAAGACAGCCUUGGCCAGUUUCAUGCACUCCAAAGAAGCAACAGCAAGAGAAAAAGACUUAUUCCGAAGUGUGAAGGACACAGAUUUAUCAAGAAACAUUCCUGGAAAAGUGAAAGUGUCUGCACCUAAUCUUCUGCAUGUAAAAAGAAAAUAG